AUGAUGAUAAUUCCAAACUUGGAGGUCGUGUAUCCUCCGAAUCUUAACCUUGCGCCGCCGAAAUGGCGACCUCUUGUCAACGUUAUCUGUGUCCACGACAUUGGGGGUUCUUCCAAGACAACGUGGCAUCAUGACGAGUCCGGCAAGACGUGGAUUUCAGAUCCUGAGUUUCUCGGGACCUUCGCAAACUCGGCUAGGAUAUGGACGUACGGGUUCAACUCGGAGCCGUCGGUGAACAUGACGCCUUCUAGCAUUGCGCUUCAUGCCAAUGAACUCUUGGCCUUGAUGAUGACCGGGUACAUCAUCAACCGGGGCGGACAACCUACCAUAUUCAUAGGCCAUGGCUUGGGAGGCACCAUUGUCAAAAAGGCCGUAAUCCUUUCAAUGAGUUGCCCAGAGUUCUUUCUUAUAAGAGACUCACUGGCCGGAGUCGUGUUUUUUGACACGGUUCAUCACAGCACUGAUUCAGAGGGGGUUUUGACAGCCGUCAAAACGAUUGCGGCACUGAACCUACAGAAAGGCUCUUUGAAGCUAUCAAUGGAUGACACGAGGCAGUACGCGGACGCCGUCCGGGAGGUCAACUCUACGUUUAUGGAGAGACUACCUCCUGACCUUGACAUUCUCAAUUUCGUUGCCACAAGGCGGGUUGAGCUCAAGAUAGAGGGUGCCGAGCCCCAAAAGACUUUGGUUGUACCAAAACGUCGCGCCGAACUAGACUCGCCCCAGAGCAAAACCUUCACAAUAGAUUGCAACCAUUUUGAGCUGACACGUUUCCCAUCUCCAGCAGACAACAACUACUUGAAGGUCUCCGAACAUGUAAUGGAACUAAUGACAAAGGCAUCGGCAGAUCCCUCGAAAAAAGUUUUCCUUCCACCCCCUCCUCCUAACCUGAGGAAUGCCCCCCCUUCUUCAAGAUCUUCUUCACCAGAGCCAGACUCUCCAAUUAGACCGCGCCCUCAAUUUGGUCGUCCGCUGCUGCCGCCUCCACAAAUGCGAGGGCUGGACGAAAACUCUUUUGAUGUGUGGCUCAGGAAGAAGAGUGUUGAAUAUGCAAAGGAGCGUAGAGAUCGACUAGUAGCUAAGCUUGGCGAUUGGAACGAAGCACAUCUUGGAUACGACAUCAACCCGGUGCCUGGGACUUGCACAUGGAUACAGUCUCACCCUUACUUCCUCCAGUGGUCCAAGUCCAACACUACCGACGACUUCUAUGUCUUUGGCACUGCUGGCUGUGGCAAGACACACCUGGCCAAGUCCGUUGCUAAUCAUCUUUCUGGGAAGGGCACUCGUGAUCUGAACUUGGAUAAAAUCGUGCUCCCGUUCUUCUGUAAUGUCAGUGCGACGGGCGACAAAAAACCACCCAUUAUGGAGUACAUGAUCAAGUCGAUCCUGCGAAAGUUUCCGGCCUGGUUCGACACACUGGAGUCACGGUAUCAGCAUCCGGAUACUCAGGGAAAGCUCAGCAUGGCGUCCCUCUUCAACAUCCUACGUGAGAUCAUGACGAAAAUGCAACUAACGCAAGGUCCCAGCAAGGUUACCACUGUCUUUCUCAUUGUGGAUGGACUCAAUGAAUGUGACUCGGUAUACGCCAAAGAGUUCCUUCAGCUGGUGGCUUCUCUCGUUGAACACCCUGCAGCCCGCACAGCUCCGGCAGCCCCGACUGGAAUCGUGUCCCAAAUCCAUUUAACCCAAGCAUUCCCCCGGGAGACUGUGAGAUUCAAGUUUCUCUUCACCUACACGCCAAAUGAGAUCAUGGAACUGGCGUCAGUAAGCGCCACACGCGUAAAAAUGAAAGACGAACAGAUACGGAAAGACAUCAGCACGUACGUCGACAAGACGGUUGAGGACUUUUGCAACGUCAAGUCCACCAAGGACCCAAAGGAAGAGAUGGGAUUCUGGAUCAAGGAAAACGCGGAAUCUUUCUUCCUGUUCGCCACUUGCGCCAUGGAGGACACGAUUUCGACUGCGAAGCAGUACGAGUACGGGUACUCGAUGAGCAGGAGGCUGUUCCCAUCACCCCAGAAACUGGGGCAAUACUAUGAUCACGACCUACUGCCCCUAUUCCAGAGCGUUGCAAAUGAUGAAUACGCUCUUUCUGCGUUGCAUAUCAUCCUCAGCACUUUGACUUUUGUCGGAAAUCACGCAAUUCGCGAUGCCCUCGCGUGUCUGCAUGACACCCCUCGCCUGAGGUUCAUUGACAUACAGACGAUAAUGAUGCACCGGUGUCCUCGGCUCAUCAGAGUAUCGGACGACUUCGAAGUCUACCCCAUACAUCCCUCCCUACAAUUUCAUUUUUCCACGUACGUGGGAUACGAGGAGCAGCACGCGAAUAUGGCAUCGCUAUGCCUCAGGUAUCUCUCCCAGGCCGUCUUCGAUGCAAAGCAUACCAUUUUGAACUAUCCAAAGGACCAUCCGUUCUACAACUAUGCGGCCUGCAACUGGCGAGAACACUUUCGACUUUCCAAAGAGAAGGGCAUGAAACUGAUACCCCGAUUACGACAUUUCAUCAAUUCUUACUGUUAUCUGACCUGGUGUCGCUAUCUGGAAGGUCCCCUCGGCAGUUCAUCCAUCAUCACACCUCCUACUAUUGCCUUGAUCCCGGCAAACGCAGCCAACAUCGCUCACCUCGUUCACGAUGUGAUCUUCGAAGAUGAUCCCAAGACAUACCCGUGGCAAGACGGCAUCUGGGGAAUGUUCUGGCGAUUGAAACGCAAGACCUGGCGGAAAUUCCCCGAAUUUGCCAAGUUUGUUGAUUCGUUUAGGGAUCGACAAGAGCAUAUGGUUCUGGAUGUCCACGGCCUGUCUCCUUUGAUACAUGCGGCAAAGGCACCUGGCGGGCUCCCCGACAUGGUUCAUUAUUUUCUACAGCGCCCGACGAAUAUCAACUGGCGAGACCCCAUCGUAGGUGCCACGGCAAUGAUGUUUUUCUGCAAGUUCAUCCAAGUCCCGGAUGAAGGCCUCAUUAUAGACAUGGUUGGCGCGUUUAUCGAUGCUGGAGCCGAUAUCAAUAUGUCUACAUACAAAGGGGAAACAUGUUUGUGGUUAGCAUGCAGCAACGGCAACCUGCCUUUGGUCCGGGAGCUCCUCUACGCCGGAGCUGAUCCCAACAUUGCAGACAAAAACGGCUCUACGCCGCUUCACCAAGCCUUUAGCAAACCGACACCAGAUUCGCACAUGAUAAUCAUGAGUCUCAUUCGAAAUGGAGCCGACCUAAACAUUAAAUUCCCACCCCCGGAUAAACUGAUCCCUCUCACGGCAGCUAUAAUCAAUAUGCUCUUUGACACUUUCUUGCUCCUGCUGAAUCACGUAGAGGAUAUCAAUCAGCUUGAUGACGGCGGCUUCGGUGCGAUACAUUUUCUUGUUCAACCAAUGUACACCGAUUGGUUGCCCCAUCUGCUGAAAAGACCCGACUUGGAUCUGAACCUCUUAACGGACUCCGUAUCCAAAACUGGCAAACCGAUACGUCAGACGGCGCUGUCUUUCGCCAUCGCAGAGAAGAGCUUCACAUCUGUCAAGCUUCUCUUGGAAGCUGGCGCGAGCCCCUACCGCCACCCGAAGGCUACCGACAAGACGCCGCUCCAGAUUGCAGUGGACUUUGACGAGACCGGAAAAGACGAAACGAGCGAUACUGAAAAGAACCAGUUUGGAAAUCUUGACGUAGCCGAACUGCUUCUCUCCUACAAGAGUCCUCUGAACACCCUGAACCCCAAAGACAAGCAUUACUCGAGGUCGCCGCUCAUGAGAGCUGUAACCCGCAAAAACUACCAAAUGGUCGAGCUUUUCUUGAAGAACGGAGCUGAUCCCACUUUAGAAGAGGCCUACGGGUUUCCGGGUCCUCUUGACUCGGCCGUGGGCAAGGGAAAUAUCGAUAUUGCCAAACUUCUGUUGCAGAACCCCAUUCCUCCCAGCAUCAACUACAUCCCCAAAGGAUUCAACCACAUAUUAGUGGAAGCACUGAAUCAGAAUGCAGACAUGGUCCGUCUGCUCUUAGACCACGGUGCGGAUACGAAACGGUUUCUUUCGCCGGGGGAUUCUAAAACUCCCCUGCAGGCGGCUGCUCAAGAGGGGAACUUGCCCAUGUGCAAAGUACUCAUCGAGCACGAGCCGGAGUUGUUGAAUUACCAAGACAACAUGGGUCUGGUAUGCGAGACACCACUCAAUAUCGCGGCGAGGGAAGGCCGUCUAGACGUCGUUCGCUAUCUCCUCGAAGUAGGCGCCAAAACAGACAUCCGAUCAUACCAUUACGAGGAAACACCGCUUUGGUCAGCCUGCUCUGAAGGAAAGCUAGAAAUUGCAAAACUAAUUCACGCAAAAUCACCGGAAACAAUCAAUAUCCCCUCUUAUGAGGGGGAAACACCACUCAUGGUAGCGUGUUCCUCUGGCGCUCUCAAACUUGUAGCAUACCUUCUCGAAAACGGUGCAGAUAUGACACCCCGUUGCAUGAAUUACAACUCCUGCGUCGGAAAAGCACUUAGACGCUCCAGCGGCGGCCGAGGACACAAAAUCAUUCAAAUGCUGAUUCAGCACGGCCUUGGCGUGGACGAUGUCGUCAGCUCGGUCGGGUAUACCGUGCUCGGUGAGGCCUGCAGGAGCGGGGAUCUGCCCGCCGUGCGGCUUUUAUUGGACAUGGGGGCUGACCCGGCCAAGGGACAGAAAUGGCCUGGUGGUAGUAGUAAUACUUCAGAAAAUCGCUGGAGGAGUGCUUUGCAGGUUGCGGCGUUGACCCAGCAUCCCAAGGCUCUUGAUGCCUUGCUUGAGCAUCCCAGGCUGGCUGAAUUCAUCGGGAAUGUCGACUUUUACGGGGAGAAUGUGUUGCACGCGAACAUUCCACUCGCGAUGGCGACUCAGAUAACGACAAAAGUUCAUCGUGCGUGUGAGAGGCUCAAGGAGGAAACCGGAGUUGAUCACUUCCAGGGGAUGUUGAGUGUGAAGAACUACAAGCUAUUAACGCCUCUCGAUACAGCACUCGGAGGAAACCACAGACGCUUGGACAGACAGGCAGUGGACAGUGUCGAUGAGAUUAUCUGCCGAUACGUUUCAGAGUUGAGGUCGGCUUCCGAGAGAACGGUAGACGCGCACUACCAUCUCGUGAGAGACUUGGCUCGCCUUCUGCUUUGUCGACACGGGUACGACGACCAGGCUGUGCGGCUGAUGCAGACUUAUGUUGCGCAGAAAUGGGUAAAGACCGGCGAAGGAUGCUUUGAGGACACGGUGCUUUGCAAUUAUUACUGCGACGAAUGCGAAAGCGACGAGGAGGACACCGUGUUCUUCUGCCGGUAUUGUGUCUGGAAUACCGGACAGUGCUGUAUCAAAGACUACAAGGGAAUACACCAGCUUGUGGAGGUAGCCGUGGUCAAGGACAGGAGCAUAUUGGACCUCAACUCAACUGAGUUCACGGACGUGCUUGGCCUUCUGGAACGUGAUUUUAUCACUGAUAAACAAUCACGAGCGGAGGAAAGCAGUCAACCGGUGCCGGAUAUGGCGGGCUAUGACUAUGAAGAUACAACGCUUUCACUCGCUUUCCUUCACGCCUUGGGGUACCUGGAGUUCCGCCGGAGGGCAUGGAGCUCGUAUUUGCCACUGGCGCCGAAGGUAUACAAACGGCUUGAACCAUGGGAGCCUUGGAUGAGGGAAGAGAGGAGGGAAUUCCAGCAGUGGGUUUGGCGGAUGGAAAUGCAGCCGUGGAGGCUGAAGAACGAGCUGGAGUAUUUCUUAGAAUCUGGACGGAGGGCUGCGUACAGGGACAAGGAAGUCACCAAGACCGAGCAGGUCAUGAGUGACAUGGGAUGGAUGUUCAAAGAGUAUAUCGUCGUAAAAAUCGACAAUCCAAGCUCAAAAUCUGGCGACGGGAGGCGGGAGCGAAACGACGAGGAGGUUCCUAAUGACGAUUACGAGAUUUUCGAUUAG